UGUGUUUGUAAUGUACUUCUUAAUUAGCCUUUUUUCUUUUUUCUUUUUGACACGUGUGCUUCUGUAGCCCACUAAGUUCUCAAUAAAUAUCCCAACUCAUUAAACCAGUCUCCAAGUUCAUAUAAGGGUGUUUCACUAGAAAGAAGCAAAUACUUCUAACAAUUUGUUUUGUGUUUUAACAAUUUGGGAAAGGAAAUGGAGCCAAAGUUCCAUGCUUUUAUGUUCCCCUGGUUUGCUUUUGUUCAUAUGAUUCCCUUUCUACAUCUUGCAAAUAAACUAGCUGAGAAAGGUCACCGGGUUACUUUCUUGCUGCCUAAGAAAGCUCAAAAACAGUUGGAACAUCACAACCUGUUCCCGGACAGGAUUGUUUUUCACCCUCUCGCUAUACCUCAUGUCAAUGGCCUCCCUGCUGGUGCCGAGACAACCUCGGAUAUCUCAAUCUCUAUGGACAACUUUUUGUCCGAAGCCUUGGAUCUCACUCGCGAUCAGGUUGAAGCUGCUGUUCGUGCUUUGAGACCGGAUUUGAUUUUCUUCGAUUUUGCUCACUGGAUUCCAGAAGUGGCUAAAGAGCAUAUGAUCAAGAGUGUGAGUUACAUGAUAGCAUCUGCUACAGCUGUAGCUCAUUCACAUGCCCAUGGUAGUGCAUUAGGUGUUAUCCCACCGGGUUAUCCUUCGUCGAAGGUGUUCUUCCGUGGAAACGAUGCUCAUACCAUGUCAACCUUCUUCGAGAGAGUUUGUCAUCUGCUAACUAUUGGUUUUAAGAGCUGUGAUGUCAUUGCACUGAGGACAUGCAAAGAAAUCGAAGGCAAAUUCUGCGACUAUAUAUCGAGUCAAUACCAAAAGAAGGUUAUCUUGACUGGUCCAAUGCUCCCUGAGCUAGACACAAGUAAACCACUAGAUGAACACUGGAGCCAAUUUCCGAGCGGGUUCCCACCGGGAUCAGUAGUGUUUUGUGCAUUUGGCAACCAAACUGUUCUUGAGAAGGAUCAAUUCCAAGAACUCUGCUUAGGGUUGGAGCUGACAGGAUUACCCUUUCUUUUAGUGGUAAAUCCACCCAGAGGAUCAUCGACAGUCCAAGAAGGGUUACCAGAAGAGUUCGAGGAGCGGGUGAAGGGGCGUGGUGAAGUUUGGGGAGGAUGGGUGCAGCAACCUUUAAUAUUGUCUCAUCCAUCAGUAGGCUGCUUUGUGAACCAUUGUGGUCCCGGAACGAUCUGGGAGUGUCUGAUGACUGAUUGCCAAAUGGUUUUAAUUCCUUAUAUAGGUGAUCAAGUUCUCUUCACAAGGUUGUUAACCGAGGAAUUUGAGGUCUCUGUAGAAGUGUCGAGGGAAAAAACAGGAUGGUUUUCGAAAGAGAGCUUAAGAGAUGCGAUAAAGUCUGUGAUGGAUAAAGAAAGCGACGUCGGGAAGCUAGUGAGGAGUAACCACGCCAAGUUGAAGGAGAUUCUUGUUAGUCCUGGACUAUUUGCUGGUUACGUGGAUAACUUUGUUGAGGCAUUGGCUGAUUUGAUCAGUGUCAAGAAACAUGAUUAGACCUAAAAUUAUAUGUCUUGUACGAUUGAAGAGUCAAACUUAAUUAUAUGUUUAUGAUGAAGUUUGGUAAUGACAUUAAAUCAUUAUUUUA